GGUAAACUGCGCUGCAAUCGAUUCACAGCAGUUCUCUAACGUACGCACCACCUUCUCCAAAUUGGAUGCGCCUCCCCCACCGAAAGAGAACCACAAUACCCACCAUUUCCGCCCCACCGGGAACCCAUUCCAACUUCAUCCUCACUAACAUGCGCCAUCAGCUUCUCUCCUCCAUAGCCAUGGCAACUUCCUCUUCAAUCUCUCUCUCUAAACCCCUUAGAAAACCCUCACACUCUGUCCGCGCAAACCCUAAUGUAAACUCUUCAAACAAUUGCCCCUCAUCCGCCCUCCACCUCCCUUGCAAGCACUCUCCUUCCGCCACUCUUGACAUUCUAAUCCUCAUUCUUGUCCUCUUCUCCGGAGCAUUCUUGAUCUCCUCCUACUUCUCCUAUAUCUCCCAUUCCAUCUCCCUCCUUGCCCCUUCAUUCUCCCUCUCCGCCCUUCUUUCCCAUCUCAGUUCCGUCGACAUACACAUCCAUUACGUCCUCUUCAGCUUCUUCUUGGUCUUCUUUCUCGCGGCUGUGAUUGCUUUCGAGAUCUGCUGCGGCAACCGAUCCCGGAAAUGCGGCAAAUCUGGCUGCCAGGGACUUCGGAAAGCGAUGGAGUUUGACUUGCAGGUCCAGGACGAGGAGUGUUUGAAAUCGGGGGAUGGGAGUAAGGCUGUAAGAGAGAUCGAUGAGCUGCCUUGGAAAGGUGGCACCGAGACCAACCUGGAUUACGAGUGUCUCCGUGCCGAGCUGAGAAAGAUGGCGCCGCCAAAUGGACGGGCUGUACUACUUUUCCGGGCUAAAUGUGGAUGCGCUAUUGCCAAGCUCGAAGGUUGGGGUCCCAAGCGUGGGCGUCGCCACAAGAAGAGCCUUGCUGUUAGCGGUAAAGAUCAUCGCUAGCUGCGGACUGCCAUAGAUGGAUGCAUCUCUUCUUGGAAGUUGUCGUUGCCUUGUAAUUGUAGAACUCAUACACCUUGUUGUUUCUCUAGGGUGGGGAAGGGCUUCUCCUCCUCCUCCUCCUCCUAAUAUGGUGCUUUUCAUCUUCUAACUCUACCUAAUGAUAACUCCAAAAGUUUAAAAAAUAUACCCCUGUGACCCAGUCAGAGUAUACUCAUCAUCAUGAUUCUUAAACCUUUUUCCAUUUUAUAUUCUGAUUUUUUUUGACGCAAUAUCUUGAAAUAUAUUUGAAAAUUACAUGGCC